AUGAAUGUAUUUUUCGACGGGUAUGUCCAUUCCGGAACAACAUUGAAGGGGUUUGUAAACCAAUUUGAUAACGCUCUUAGAAAGAAGGUCGAGGUAGAAGUUGUUGCGGAUUUCAAUUCUAACAACCAGACUAAUCCCUGCGUGUUCCAUUUCAACAUCGAGAAACAGUUUCAGAAGUUGUAUACAAAUGCAAAGUUCAAAGAGGUCCAAGGAGAGUUGCUGGGCCUAAUGUGUUGCAAUUGUUGGUUGGUAAACACAGACAGGUGCAUUUUAACAUACAGUGUCUUGGAUGAAAUAUCUAUUGACGACCACAACAAAACGGUCCAAUACUCAGUUUACUAUAACAAGGAGGAGAUGGAGGUCAAAUGCAAUUGUGCACUGUUUGAGACGAGGGGCAUUCUAUGUAGGCAUGCACUUAGAGUUUGUCAGUUAAAAAAGAUUAAUGUUCUGCCAGAUCGUUACGUGUUGGAUCGCUGGAGAAAGGACCUAAAGAGGAGAUACACCUUACUCAGAAGUAGUUACGAUGACCAACGAGACAGAUCUGAUGCACUGAAUUAUGAGCUUGUCGUUAAAAGAUGUUCGCAAUUGGCAACCAAAAUAUCCUCAAAUAAUGAAAAAGUCAGUGCAUUCCUACGUGUUGUCAAUGAAUUUGAUACAACAUGUAAUGCGUCAGCACAGGAGUCGAGAUUCGACCAAAAUAGGGCCAAACCAGAUGAGGUGUUGGAUAAGGGUAAGAAGGUGUUAAACCCCAACGUGGUCAGAGGGAAAUGGAGACCCCCAAGUAAGAGGAAGAUGCCACCCGUGGAAAAGUUGGCCACUAAGAGAAAGAGACCGAUUUGCAGGAAAAUCUUGGUGGAUGAAACACAAUUGGGUGACACUGCAGGAUCUCAACAACACCAAUUUGAUGAUGGGGUUGGUGUUGGGACACAAACCUCCAUUCUUACACAAUCAACUCCACCGGGCAAUGAGAUGGGUGACUCAAUUGAUGCAAUGUAUGUACCUCCAUGGUGUUGA